AUGUCAGCCUCAGGAUCUUCCGAAGCAUCUUCUUCUCGUUCGCAAUCCCCUUCCGGAUCAGCCUCCUCCUCCUCAAGAUCUCCUUCGCCGGAUUUCGAUCCCUCCGCUCCCGAACCUUCAGAGUCAAACAAACAGUUCUCAGAUCUGGGUAUAUCAGCUGAACUAUGUGCGGCAUGUAGCUCAAUGGGGUUCAAAAAACCUACCGAUAUCCAAAUCGAAUCUAUACCUCCUGCGUUGGAAGGUAAAGAUAUCAUUGGUUUAGCCCAGACUGGAUCAGGUAAGACGGCUGCGUUCAGUCUGCCCAUCUUGCAGAGUCUAUGGGAGAACCCACAACCUUUCUUCGCACUUGUACUUGCUCCUACCCGUGAACUGGCAUAUCAGAUAUCCCAACAGGUUACUUCCCUCGGAUCGGGAAUUGGCGUCAGGACAGCUACUAUAGUAGGAGGGAUGGAUAUGAUGUCUCAAUCUAUCGCCCUAUCAAAAAGGCCCCAUGUGAUAGUGGCUACUCCAGGUAGAUUGAUGGAUCAUUUGGAAAAUACUAAAGGAUUUUCUUUAAAAUCUUUGAAAUACCUGGUUAUGGACGAAGCGGAUAGAUUACUCGAUAUGGAUUUCGGACCUAUAAUAGACAAGAUAUUAAAAGUGAUACCUAAAGAACGGAACACCUAUCUGUUCUCUGCUACGAUGACAACUAAAGUUGCCAAGUUGCAGAGAGCAAGUCUGAACAAACCUGUUAGAGUUGAGGUAUCUUCCAAAUAUUCCACGGUAUCAACUCUUUUACAGCACUACCUUCUUCUUCCCCUCAAAGCCAAAGACACCCACUUGAUAUACCUCACCAACGAGCUGUCCUCAUCAUCCAUGAUCAUCUUCACCAGAACGGUCAACGACUCCCAACGAUUGUCCAUCAUUCUCAGGAGACUAGGAUUCCCCGCUAUACCCCUGCACGGCCAGAUGUCGCAAUCUAUGAGAUUGGCCAGUCUGAACAAGUUCAAAUCUGGUGGAAGGAGUAUAUUGGUUGCUACCGAUGUGGCUAGUAGAGGUCUGGAUAUCCCUUUGGUCGAUCUGGUGAUCAACUACGACAUGCCUACCAACUCCAAAGACUACGUCCACAGAGUAGGUCGUACCGCGCGAGCGGGACGUUCCGGUAAAUCCAUCACCUUAGUCACCCAAUAUGAUGUCGAAAUCCUUCAACGUAUAGAAUCGCAUAUAGGCAAGAAAAUGAUAUCGUUUGACGUCGAUAAAGAAGCUGUCAGUCUAUUGACUGAUACAGUCGCAAAGGUCAAUCGGGAAGCAGCUUUGGAAAUGCGUGAGUUAGGUAAUGGAGGUAAAGGUGGAAAGAGAGGUAGAGAUAUGGGUAGCAAAAGGAAAUUCGAUGAUGGAGAUGAUAGAGAUAGAGAUGAUGAUACUCAUGAAGCUGGUAUGGGUAUGAUGAAAAAGAGAAAUGGGAAUGGGAAAAGUAACAAGUUUAGUAAUGCUGGUAAAAAGAAGGUCAGAAGGUGA